AUGAGUGAAAUUUUAAGAAAUACAUUGCGACUUGUUGGCACAGCAAAAUAUGCUACAAAUAAUUCAACAAAAUAUCUACGAUCUAUAACAGUUACAACUAAUCGUUUAAAUCAUUCAUUGCAAUCUCCAGGACCAUUAACCAAUGUUUGGACAACCAUACGGGCUGCUGGAAAGACACUUUUACCAACAUUUAAUGAUGAUAGAAUAAAAACAUCAAGUAUUGGUGAUUUUGAGGUAUCACUUAGUGAUAGUAAUGUAAAUGUAAAAGUGAUGUCAGACAAAAAUAUUAGAAAUUUAAUUUGGCCUCCCACAUUCAGCACUGAAUUUAACGGGAAAUCAAUUAAACCUGAAAGCAAUAAAAAUAGUGAUAUAGAAAGAUCAUUUAACGUGGGUGUUUGUAAUUCAUUACUUCAUGGGGCUGAAUUAAAAUUAAAAUUAAUCGAUAGUGGAAAAACUUUUAUUUUGAAACACGAAAUUCAUGUUAAAGCUUUCCAAAAAUCACCUAAACCUGUAAAAGGUGGUUACAAGCGUAUUGCACCAAAACUUGAUGACAGAUUUGUAUAUUCUAAUGCUAAAAUAAUAUCAAAAGUAAAAGGGUUGGAACCUAAAGAACGGGAAUUCAAAGCUGCAAAUAAUCUGCUUUCCAACAAAUUUGUAGAGUCACCAAAAGAAAGUCAAGAUAAAAUAACUGAUGGUCCAGAUGAGUCCGGAAAAAUGAAACUACAAAUUCCAAUGACUGUGUUACUUGAAGGAGCUUCAUACAAAAUGAAAAUAAAAGAUUCUGAUGAUUACUUCACUAUCUAUCACACAGUUAUGAUUGAAGCUAUGACUAACCCUGUUGACACUAAGGAAAUUUAUUUUUUAAAGCCCUUCAAACCCGCUCAUAUCCUUCGAGUGAUACUUUCGAGUGGAGAUAUAAAGAUUAAAACGGCCAAGUCUGCUAAGCAAACUGCAAUCUUCAAUCAAAAAGUCGACAUUGUAAUUGACGUAGGAAGUCAAAUACCAAGUAUUCUUGUUUCGCCUUUAGUAGAAACACUCGUGUAUGAAUAA